AUGUCUUCAGUAAACGGUGAAAAUCCAAAAAUUCUACAAAAUUUUAUCGAUGGUCAAUAUGUAGACCCUGUUAAAGCAUCCUCAGUAAAGUAUAUUCCAGUUACAACACCACAUACGGGGAAAAUUAUCGCUCAAUGCCCAAUUUCCACCGCUGAAGAUGUAGAUAAAGCUGAUCGUGUACAAGCUUUGAUUCGAUUCCAUAAUUUAUUAUAUGCACAUAUUGAAGAAUUAGCCGACCUUAUCAUAUUAGAACAUGGAAAAAAUAAAUCCGAAAUUCAAGGUAAAAUUUUGGAUGUUUCUAGAGGUGUCUCAUGUCAAGAUGCUCGCGUCCCCUUGGGUGUGGUUGCUUCUAUCGUACCUUUUAAUUUUCCAAUCAUGGUUCCUUUCUGGACUUUGCCGAUCGCCAUUGCUACCGGAAACACUUUAAUUUUGAAACCUUCUGAAAAAGUUCCUAUGACUAUGAAUCGUGUUGUUGCCCUUCUAAAAGAGGCUGGUAUACCAGAUGGUGUUGUAAAUAUAGUAAAUGGAACGGUUGAUGCCGUCAAUUCAAUUUGUGAUCAUCCGGAUAUCAAGGCAGUAACAUUCGUAGGAACUUCACAUGUGGCUAACCUCGUUACUGAAAGGUGCCAAAAAUUGGGAAAAAGAGUUCUUGCUUUAGGUGGUGCAAAGAAUCAUUUGAUCGCUGCGCCUAAUUGUAAUAUUGAAUCAACAUCAACUGAUGUCCUUCUCGAUCUUAUUUGUGCUAAAGCUUCUAGCAUAAAACCAGGUGUAAAGCCUGGUGAAGUAGGCCCAGUAAUUGACCAAUUAUCACUUGAUAAAAUCACAAACUAUAUCAUCGAUUCUGAACGUGCUGGUGCUAAAAUUCUUGUUGAUGGUCGCCAUUGGACCUCACAAAAAACUGAAGGAUUUUGGAUUGGUCCAACUGUUAUUCUACAUACUAAUAAAAAUGAUAAAGCUUUACAUGAUGAAAUUUUUGGUCCAGUAUUAAGCGUUUAUCAAUGUUCUAGUAAGGAGGAAGCUAUUGAAAUCGAGAAUGGUAAUCCAUAUGGCAAUGCGGCUUGUAUAUAUACCACAACUGUGUGGGGUGAAUAUUGGAGUUCCAGUGCCUAG